CUCGGGACUGUCCAUAAUUUUAAAGGGUGCCUCGGGACUGUCCAUAAUUUUAAAGGGUGCCUCAAGACUGUCCAUAAUUUUAAAGGGUGCCUCAAGACUGUCCAUAAUUUUAAAGGGUGCCUCAGGACUGGCCAUCAUUUUAAAGGAAUGGGGUGCCUCAAGACUGUCCAUAAUUUCAAAGGGAGCCUCAGGACUGUCCAUAAUUUUAAAGGGUGCCUCAGGACUGUCCAUAAUUUUAAAGGGUGCCUCAGGAAUGUCCAUAAUUUUAAAGGGUGCCUCAGGACUGUCCAUAAUUUUAAAGGGUGCCUCAGGACUGUCCAUAAUUUUAAAGGGUGCCUCAGGACUGUCCAUAAUUUUAAAGGGUGCCUCAGGACUGUCCAUAAUUUUAAAGGGUGCCUCAGGACUGUCCAUAAUUUUAAAGGGUGCCUUGAC